ACGCUUUUUGACCCUUGGCACUUGCCGUAACACGCAGUUGAACAACGUGCGCGCAGUGUAGUGAAGACUUUUGGUGUUUUAGAGCUUAAAGUGCAAUUUACUUACACUCAACAUAACAGAAGGAUGGCUGAAAACCAAGGGGAGAUGUCUGCCAUUGAGAUGAAAGUGGCUCGUCAAAUAGAGUAUUACUUUGGGGAUCACAACCUUCCAAGAGACAAGUUUCUGAAAGAGCAGCUGCAGCUUGAUGAUGGCUGGGUGAUGCUGGAAACCAUGCUUCGAUUCAACAGACUGAAAGCUUUAACUACAGAUAUCAGCGUCGUCAUUUCAGCACUCCAGAAAUCAAAGUCUGGCCUCUUGGAGAUCAGUGAGGACAAGACAAAAAUAAGGAGGUCUCCAGAUAAACCCUUACCAGAACAGAAUGAUGAAUACAAAGACGCAGUGAAACACAGAUCUGUGUACAUUAAAGGUUUUCCUCUUGAAACAACUCUUGAUGAGGUUCAGGAAUGGCUGAAUGAGAAAGGCAGCAUAGAAAGCAUUCAGAUGAGAAAAACCAUCCAUCGGCAGUUCAAGGGAUCCGUGUUCAUCUGUUUUGAAACAGAGGAAUCAGCGAAGCAGUUCCUGGAACGGACGGAUGUAAAAACAUUUAAAGACAACGAGAUGCUUGUCUUGUCCAGGGAAGCCUACCAUGCAAAGAAGGCAGAAGAGAGGAAAAACAACAAAGCAGAGACAAAAGCGAAAGCAAAGCAAGAGAAACAGCAGCAGCAGAAAAAUGCUGAGGAAAAAGAAAUGGGUUUGCUUCUGGAUGAACAGACUGGAUGUUUGUUGAAGUUUUCUGGAGAGCUCGAAAAUGUUUCUAGAGAGGACUUCCAUGCCACGUUCUCUGGGCACGGAAAGAUAAAGUGGGUUGACUUCACAAGAGGAGCCAACGAGGGUACGCUUCUGUUUGAUGGGAACGCAAAAGAAGCCUUUGAGAAAGCCAAAGAGGCAAACGAAGGGGAGCUGAAAAUGAAGGGCAGCAGCGUUACCUGGCAGGUACUGGAGGGAGAUGAAGAGAAAGAGAUGCUGAAGAAGAUCAUCGAAGCCCAACAGGAAUCAUACAAUCGAUCAAAAGGCAGAGGCGGGAGAGGAAGAUCUGGCGGCAGAGGAAGAGGAGGCCGAAGGGGAAGAGGUGGCAGAGAUCAAGGCAGGACUCAGUUCCAGGGGAAGAAAACGAAAUUUGACAGUGAUAAUGAGGAUGACGACGAGGGUGAGGAAGCACCUGCAGCCCCAAAGAGAGAGCUUGAAGACGCAGACGGUCCUCCAGCGAAAGUUUUCAAAACUGAAAACGGCUCGUAAUGUGGAGACGACGUCCAGAGUUUUUUCUUUAGCAAACACAUUUAUUACAAACGGUGAAAAAUGCAGAGGCAACUUAAAGCCCAUUCCAGUAAAAAACAUUCAGGCUUUGGAGAAUCGGAGAAAGUCCACCUGGAUGUCAACCUGAAGAAACAUUUGGAAAACUUGGAGUCAGUUUUCAGCUUUUUAAGCCCUUUAUUUUUUGCCUCUUAUUUGUAUGUUUUCUUUUCUCAACAAAAAAUGUUUUAAUUUUAGCACAAUCAACGUAAACCUGACGGUCUAAUUUCAUCUGAGUGAUAGCUAGAAUUAGUGUGCCAUUGGUUGUUUGUUUUCAUUUUGUAGAUUUACUACAUUGAGUGAUGCGAAUGUGUCAUGAAUUUCGUUUAAAGUUUGCAUAUUCCAGUAGCAAAUUAAAUGUUUAUAAAAAAUAAAGUUUUGUUUUGGAUCUGAAGUGCAUGAUAUUGCAUAUUGUUAAUGAACUUACAGACUUCUUCUUGUGGAAGCGGUAGGAAGCUGGCAAAUCAUAUCUCAGUUCUAUGAACAAAGAAUACAAUUAGGGUUUAAUGUUUCUUUGAUUAGAAAGGAUUGAAUUGUCUCACUAACCUGCAAUGACUUCCAUCUUCACUCCCCAGUCAUUAGCCUUCUUUUGUAUGUGCUGUAAUCACAUCAGAUGAGUUAAAAUAUUCCAAUUCAAACUUAAAUGGAUCUCUAAUCUGAUUUAGUGAGCUCUAUCUUAAAUGCCACCAUUUAACAUGGGAUUUAUGAACAAUUGGGAUAGAAAUACCAAAAUUAUUAUUUUUUUUAAAACUAAAAACAGUAUUAAUUUCACAUGUAAUUUUGUAUGAUUUGUGUAAUUGUUGUACCCUUCCUUGGGUAUGAAUUAUUUUGAACUUUUCCAUUUGUUGCAGUCUGUUGGCUUGUCUAAACAAGGAUCAGAAUCACAAUAAAAAAAAUGUGAGAUGUAAUGAGA